AUGGUAGAUAGCUUAUGGCAAUCAGAAGGUCAAUUGGCAUUAGAGACUGCUAAAGUUUGUCUUAUCAAUGGCACUUCAACAGGUUGCGAAAUUCUUAAAGAUUUAGUUUUACCUGGCAUUGGAUCAUUUACAGUUGUUGAUAACAAGAUCGUUGAAGGAUCAGAUGUAGGAAUUACAUUUUUUCUUGAUACAGAUUGCAUAGGAAAAAAUCGAGCAGAGUCUGUUACUCAAUUAUUGCAAGAAUUAAAUGAAGAUGUUAAAGGAUAUUAUCUUUCAGAGGAUUAG